GUAGAUUUGACUUUGUUGUAAGUCGAAGAGAAAGUAGCGGCAAUUUGUCCGAUUGACCAGAGGUUGAUCCUGAUUCCUAACAAACGAAAAUCCGAUCCGAAGAUGAGGGGAGCAACUGCAAGAGAUGAAGAGCCAAUCCCAUUAUUGCAAUUAGGAGUUGCAUCGCCUCCGCCUAUGGCUGUGGAUGACUUGUUCAACUCCGACCAAUCAGAUAAAAGAACUGGGAAUACAUGGACGGCGUCGGCGCAUAUCAUUACCGGUGUGAUCGGCUCCGGGGUGCUGUCGCUCGCUUGGAGCAUGGCGCAGUUGGGCUGGAUUUGGGGCCCUCUUUUGAUGCUUCUCUUCGCCGCUGUUACCUUGUUCUCUUCCUUCCUCAUCUCCAACUGCUACCGAUCUCCCGAUCCUGACUACGGCCCUUCCAGAAAUACAUCUUACAUUGCUGCUGUUCAAUCUAAUUUGGGGAAGAAGAAUGCUUGGAUCUGUGGAGUGCUUAUACAGAUGAAUCUGUACGGAACAGGAGUUGCGUAUACGAUUACAACAGCUCUCUGCCUGAGAGCAAUAGAGAGAUCAAAUUGUGACAAGGGGAAUGGAUCUGAUGCUCCUUGUGAUUCAGGAAAUGGAUGGUACAUGCUGUUGUUUGGACUAGUUCAAAUCUUCAUGUCACAGAUUCCUGAUUUCCAUAGUAUGGAGUGGGUUUCCAUAGCUGCUGCAAUCAUGUCUUUUGCCUAUUCCUCAAUCGCGUUAGGGCUCGGGGCAGCGAAGGUUGUAGGAAAUAGAGCGAUCCAGGGCAGCGUUGUUGGAGUUUCAACUUCCACUACGAUGCAGAAAGUAUGGCGAGUUUCUCAAGCAGUCGGUGAUGUCGCCUUUGCCUAUCCAUACACCAUGAUCGUACUCGAAAUUCAGGACACUCUAAAAUCCCCUCCAUCAGAGAGGAAGACGAUGAAGAAGGCGUCGGCUUUUUCAAUCUGCAUCACCACAUUCUUCUACCUAAGCUGUGGAGGCUUUGGCUAUGCAGCCUUUGGAGACCAGACACCCGGUGAUCUCCUGACGGGAUUCGGGGACUUUGGGCCCCGCUGGCUCAUUGACUUCGCCAACGCCUGCGUCGUUCUCCACUUGAUCGGAGGGUACCAGGUGUACUCUCAACCAUUGUUUGCAAUGGUGGAUAAGUGGAUGGCGGAUCAGUUUCCGAGAAGCUCAUUCGUCGCAACAAACCACGUUGUGAAGGUGCCAUCGUUGCCGCCCUUGAGCUUAAAUGUGCAGAGGCUGGUUUUCAGGACGGCAUACGUUGCAUCGACGACGGGAGUAGCGAUGACCUUCCCGUACUUCAACCAGGUUUUGGGAAUGUUAGGAACGAUAAACUUUUGGCCCUUGUCGAUAUAUUUUCCGGUGGAAAUGUGGCUUAGGCAGAAUAAGGUUAGUCCAUGGUCCAAAAUGUGGACCAUUUUCCGGAGCUUUAGUGUAGUUUGCUUUUUCGUAAAUUUGUAUAUUUUUGCUGGAUCCAUUCAAGGAAUCUUGGCUGCUCGGUUCAGCUAGCAACUCUGUUUGCAUUUGCUUAUAAUUGCAACUUAACUCAUAUAGAAGUAAAGAUUAGUACACAUAACUAUUCAUUUUUGUUGUCAA